AUGCUAGACCCUUGCUAUACAUACUGAUGUUAUCAGAUUUUUAAUCUUUCUAGGGUUUCCACCACAACAGAAGCGGCAACAGCAGAAGAGGCAGCCAUGGUUCUCAAGACAGAGCUAUGUCGUUUUAGUGGGGCUAAGAUUUAUCCCGGUAAAGGCAUCAGAUUUAUUCGUUCUGAUUCUCAGGUCUUCCUGUUUGCUAAUUCAAAAUGCAAGAGGUACUUUCACAACCGUUUGAAGCCAUCAAAGCUUACAUGGACGGCCAUGUAUAGGAAGCAGCAUAAGAAGGAUAUUGCUCAAGAGGCUGUAAAGAAGAGGAGACGUGCCACCAAGAAGCCUUACUCCAGGUCUAUUGUGGGUGCCACUUUGGAGGUUAUCCAGAAGAGAAGAACUGAGAAGCCAGAAGUUCGUGAUGCUGCAAGGGAAGCUGCCCUUCGCGAAAUCAAGGAAAGGAUCAAGAAAACCAAAGACGAAAAGAGGGCAAAGAAGGCAGAAGUGACAGCCAAGGCACAGAAGACACAAGGCAAAGGAAAUGCUCCCAAGACUGCAGGAAAGGGUCCCAAACUUGGAGGUGGUGGUGGAAAGCGCUGAGCAUAUAGUCUAUUAUCUGUACUGUGCAUUUCAUCACUAGUUAAAGUCUAUUAUCUAUCCUUUCAAGUUGGAGUUAUAGGGAUUUUUUGUGUACUUUUUGGCUUUAUAGACUUUGAUUGGCCAAGAUGCAGUGUUUUUUAAAAUUUUGCUUGUCCCAUGUCAUACACUUAAGCUUUAAGUUGAGCAAUUUUAGCGUUUCUGGAUUUAAUAUU